AUGGCUGCCAAGGUUCAGGCAAGACGGUGGAGGCUGGCAGCACUUCUGGCAGCAGUUGUGGCUGCUACGGCCCCGCUGGGCUAUGCCGUUGCAGGCCGCCCCUCUUCGAAGGCCCGAAGCCCUACUGCCACGGCUGCCAUGCCAGAGGCGACGCUGGACUGGGUCAGCUGCCUCUUCCAGGAUGGCAGGCCCAAGCAGCGAGUGGCACUCCAGGAGGCCGCGAGGCUGCUCAUGACCAUCGGCCCCAUUGUGAGCAUGGCCGGUGACUACGAUGGCCUCAGCAGCAUUGCGGAUGCCAUCGAUGUGCUCGAUGCCCAGGAGCUGAUCCGCGAAGGCCAGGCAGCUGCAGCAUCCUUGCAGCUGGACGACGACCUCAUCCAGCUUCAGCUAGCGUUGGAGGAUGGCUCGGAGAAAGUCAUCGACCUCUUUAAGCAGGGGUGA